UUUACUUUGACGUGUAAGAGAAACGUGUGCAGAAGUUUUGUUUCGAUUUUGUUUUACAAAGAAGAUCGUUCAAUGGCUCAAGUAACAGGUGACACCCUUCUCGUGGUUGGUAGAACAGGGAAUGGAAAAAGUUCUACAAUCAACUCAAUUCUACAGAAGCAAGUCACCACUCGUGGUGAUGAGAUAUCGGUGAACACCAAUGGUGAUCUAACACUGAUUGAUGGGUCCGGCAUUGGUGACACCGGGGAUGACAUGAUCGUCACCCCCAGAGAUCUGAUCGACUCGAUCAAGGAGAAGAUGGCGCAAGGUUUCACGGCUUUGUUGUUUAUGUUGAAAUACGGAGUGAGGUUUACUCAACAGGAGAAAAACGCUGUGAAAACCGUUAAAUCUAUUUUUGGUGAGGAUGUUUUUAGAAACUGGGGGAUAAUCGUCAUGACGCAUGGGGACAACUUUGAACUUGACCAGGAUGAAGAUUAUUGUCAAUCCUUCCAAGACUGGUGCCAGGAUCAGAGAGGGGACAUUCAGAAUUUGUUCCAGGAAUGUAGUGGACGGUGUGUCCUGUUCAACAAUAAAAGACCGGACGACACGCAAAACCAAGUCUUAAACUCGUUUGUUCAGAAGGUUAAGUCAACAGUAAAAAGACCGUAUUCUAUGCUUGAUUUUAACCAUGCUAAAAACAUGCGAGACUUGUGGAUGCAGCAAAAUGAUAAACAAUACACAGUUACCAUACCUGAUGAAGACCUGAUUUCCAGGCCCACUGCAAAUAUCCACCAUUACAAAUCAUUAAUGAACGCAAGAAAUAUGGUCCAAGUUUUAAUACUUGCAGUGCCAGCCAUAUUGCUUUAUUUGUGGACAUUUAUUGCUGCUUUAAUUUAUAUUGUAUUGUAUUUAUUGGUAGCUUAUUGGAAGUAUAAUGAUCAGAUUAAUGCUCUGAUUUGCUCAAAGAAGAAAUUAUACAUCUCGAGUGCUGUGUAGCUUUACUCAACCUCUUCAACACUGUAAUACGCAGGUUUUAUAAAUAUACCCGUAACUUUACUAAACAUUCUUAAACACUGACACACAUCGUAUAAAUCUCUUCAAAUUUUCACAAUAACUUUUCACUAAUGUUAGACCUAUCAUUAAUUUUUUUCAUGACUUAAAUAUAUUUCAUAACUUUGUGAUACACUGUGGGUAUAGUUGUGGCCUUAUAUAGGACAUACAACCUCUCUAUAUAGGACAUACAACCUCUCUAUAUAGGAUAUACAACCUCUCUAUAUAGUACAUACAACCUCUCCAUAUAGGACAUACAACCUCUCUAUAUAGUACAUACAACCUCUCUAUAUAGGACAUACAACCUCUCUAUAUAGGGCAUACAACCUCUCUAUAUGAGACAUACAACCUCUCUAUAUAAGACAUACAACCUCUCUAUAUAGGACAUACAACCUCUCUAUAUAGUACAUACAACCUCUCUAUAUAGGACAUACAACCUCUCUAUAUAGUACAUACAACCUCUCUAUAUAAGACAUAAAAACUCUCUAUAUAAGACAUACAACCUCUCUAUAUAGUACAUACAACCUCUCUAUAUAGGACAUACAACCUCUCUAUAUAGGACAUACAACCUCUAUAUAAGACAUACAACCUCUCCCUAUAAGACAUACAACCUCUCUAUAUAAGACAUACAACCUCUCUAUAUAAGACAUACAACCUCUCUAUAUAAGACAUACAACCUCUCUUUAUAGUACAUACAACCUCUCUAUAUAGGACAUAAAGCCUCUCUAUAUAAGACAUACAACCUCUCUAUAUAAGACAUACAACCUCUCUAUAUAAGGUAUUCAACCUCUCUAUAUAGUACAUACAACCUCUCUAUAUAGGACAUACAACCUCUCUAUAUAGGACAUACAACCUCUAUAUAAGAAAUACAACCUCUCCCUAUAAGACAUACAACCUCUCUAUAUAGUACAUACAACCUCUCUAUAUAAGACAUACAACCUCUCUAUAUAGUACAUACAACCUCUCUAUAUAAGACAUGCAACCUCUCUAUAUAAGACAUACAACCUCUCUAUAUAGUACAUACAACCUCUCUAUAUAGGACAUACAACCUCUCUAUAUAGGACAUACAACCUCUAUAUAAGACAUACAACCUCUCUAUAUAAGACAUACAACCUCUCUAUAUAGUACAUACAACCUCUCUAUAGAAGGCAUAAAACCUCUCUAUAUAGGACAUAAAACCUCUCUAUAUAGGACAUUGAACCUACAUUAUGCUGUCAAUACACACAUUUAUCUAAAGGUCAACUUUAAAAUUACUCGCUCCAUGCCCAGAUUUCUUAUAGUCGCGAAUUGACCCCCUCCCCCUUUUUUUUUACUUUUUUUAAAAUGAUCAACUCCACUCCCACCAAUAUUUCGUUUUGAAAAUAUAAAAAUAUUGUUAAUGAAAAAAAUCCGUUGCAAAUUGUAGACAAAUUCAAGUAUUAAAAACUUUCUACAACUAUAUACACCAUAGUGUAUUUUAAAAUUUUACAUCUGUGAAAAUCCUCCCCAUUAAUGCAUUUAUUGUCCAGACAAAACAAUUGUGAGGGCUGUCAACAUAGAUAUAUAGUUUAGUUUCAUUUGCAAUUUCCAUGUAUUUCUAAGUCUUGAGACUCUUUAGUUGUACUCAGACUUAAGUUUGAUAACUGAGGGCUAUUUGUAUAAGCUUUUAUUAAAUCUAAUGCACAGUGGCUUAUUUUUUAUGUUUUUAUUUCUUGGGUCGCUAAAAUAUGUAAAGACAUCAUGAGCGUCCAAAGCUUUUUAUUAAAUAAAGUAAAUCUGUGUUAUUUUGUUAUUUACAGUGCAUUUAAAAGCAUAGUAUUAUAAGGAUUUUAUAUUGCCUUUAUUCAUCACACCGGAUGUUAAACUACUGCUUGAUUUAAGUUACUACUGUUUGUUUUUGACCUCACUUCAUUGAUACAAGCGGGUGGCUGUAACUUUAGUCUUUAAUUAAUUUAAAUGUAUUGUAUUAUUUUUACUCAUCAUACAUCUGCCAACGGCUUGAAAUUAAUAGUUAACCCAUAUACGAAGUAUUGUUUUUAUGAUAAUAAAUUGCCUUUGAUGAACAUUCUGUGCCGGCCCAGUGUGUCAGUGGAACAACAAGGAAAAAAAUGAGAAUGAUGAAAAUGCCAUCUUGCAUUUUUUAGACGAUAUGUUAUGAGAAUGAAUGUGGGUCUAAUAUUGAAUCUAGCAUCGUCGCUAGGUCGGGUGUUACCCAAUAUCAGCAUGGAUAUCUACUCGUCCUCAUUUACUUCGUCCAUAUUUAGACAUACUAAAAAAAUGUAAAUACGCACAUUUGUCAAUAAAAACCACAAACACAUUCAAAAAUUAAAAGCUUUAUCGCUACAAAUAUGAAAAUUAUAUAUUUUAAAACUCUUUCGUUUUUUUUAUUGUGUAUACAUACUGCUUAUUCUUCUCUAUUAAUACUAUUUAUGCUGACAUUUUUGUCAUUGCUAAUGAUGUAUCUGGGUUGGUUAUCAUGUAUUACCAUUUCUCGGGAUCAAAUAUUUGUACUAGACUCCAGGGGCUCCAAACUUUUCAGUCCGAGGGCCGCAUUAACUAUCAAAUUUCAGUUCGGGGGCCAGUUUCUUCCAGGCAUGUCUUUGAUUUUUCUGGGCAAAGUUCCUCAGCCAUCACCAAUCAACGUUUUUUCCGUGCACAAAAAGAUCUCCGCGGGCCGGAUGAGAGGACAUCGCGGGCCGCAUUUGGCCCGCGGGCCGUAGUUUGGAGACCCCUGUACUAGACUAUUAGUCUGAUGACUGAGGGCAAUUUCUCAUCACGCUGGUUGCUUGAUUGUGAUUAGUACUGGGUUUUUUUUUGUCUCAUUUGAUUAAUAUUCGCGGUCGCUGUAUUUUUUUCUCUCGAAUAAUUUUCAAUUUACUUUUUAGCGCAAUUUCCAUUCUGGAGAAUUGCGUUUAUUAACUCGUCUUUUCUGGGAAUGGAUGGAUGGAUGGAUGGAUGUGUGUCCGCAGCUUUAAGUCGUAUCUCCUCCUCAACGAAGCAAUAUCGAGGACUAGUUCCAAAGCAAUUAUGUUAAGCAAGUUACGAGGAUGAACAUAGGCUAUAAAAAUUCCGGGUUUCUUUCAUGGAUUUCCCGGAAAAGCCAAAAAACCUCGAAAAAAUGCAGUUUUUGGCCCAUAUCUCAGCAACCAGACCACUUAGCGACUUGAAACAUGUACCAAUCGAUUUCUGCCAUAAUUUACAACAAUAUUGCCGAAGAAAGUUUUCAAAAAUAUCCUUUCGUUUGGUCACAAAAAAUGUUUUUAAUUAAUUAAAAUUUGGACCGAAUUAGUAGGCAUUUUAUGCAACCACACCACACGCGUCAUCACGUUCAAAAGCUGCGCCAUCACGUUUAAUGGCUGCGACGUCACGUUCGGUAGCUGGGCGCGCAAUGGUUUUUAGUCAUGUUACUCUAUUGUAAAUAAAACAUGUAAAAUACUGAAACAAAAAUUAAUAAAAAACGUUUUAAUAACUAACCAAUGGUUUUACUAACCCUGCUCUUCAUUUACGCUACGACAGAGCUAUUUUAAAUAACACAAGGAAAUUGCGCUAAAAUUGUCACUAGACUUUUUUUAAUUACUUGUUUUACUUUGCAUACAACUGUGUUAAAUGCUUGAAAAAUAAUAAAACUCAUAUAAGAACCAUUAUUGUAUUUAUGUUAUUAAAUUGAACCAAACGUAUUAACAAGUGUGUGUUUUCGUGGUAUAAAGCAUGGUAUAGUUAAUA